CUCUCUACUAUUUACAUACAGCAGAAGAAGAAGAAGAAUAGAGAGAGAGAGAAAAAAAGACCAAAAAGCUUUGAUCGGAACAAACUUUUCUAGAAUGGGGAUAUGUGGGUCUAAACCAGCUGGAUUGUGUUUUGGAAAGAGGAAUCGCAAACCAAAACGAAGAAGAAGAACUAAUCAGAAGAACCAUUCUUUAUCUGUCAACGCGAUCGAUCCAUCCGCUCCACCCGAUCGUUCUUCUUAUUGCAAUCCAACAUUCCAAGCAUCAACGGCAAAUGCAGAGCCAUGGUUUGACUCUGCAACCGCAAUCGAGUCUGACUGCGAUGAUGAUUUCCAUAGUGUUCAAGAUGCAUUUGCAGAUUUUCCAUCUCAUCGUGGCUCUGACGUUGAAUCCAUAUCAGCUAUUCAAUCUCCGAGAUUUUCAAGCCAAGUCAAUUUUAACAGUGUUAAUUCCUCCAAGAUCCUAUCUGACCAGCAACCAAAACCAAAUGCAACAUCACUAGGAAAUGAAAAACACCUUAAUUUGCAUCCAAAAGAUGUCAAUCCUCAAUUGAAAAAUGAUGAUUCUCAAGAUGAGAUGAAGACCCCUGUCUUCUUGGAUGAAGAUGGAAGUGACAAACAUGACGAAACAAGGGUGUUGCACAAUUGCGGACUUCUUCCCAAUACAUGUUUACCUUGUCUUGCUUCUGCUGUCCCCUCGGAUGAAAAAAGAAGACCCCAAAGCCCCAUCCCGCUAAGUACAAGGAAGAAAGCGGCAUUAAAAUUCUCCUUUAAAUGGAGGGACGAGAGGGAUGAACAAGCUAAUCCUACAGUAUUGUCGCCGAAGGCAUUUCUUAGAAGACCGAAUGCAGGUUCCCAAGUUCCAUACUGUCCACUAGAGAAGAUAAUGUCUGAUUGUUGGUCACCGAUUGAGCCAAGUAUCUUUAAAGUCCGGGGACAGAACUAUCUUAGGGAUAAAAAGAAAUAUUCUGCUCCAAACUCUGCUGCAUUUUGUCCUUUUGGUGUUGACGUAUUCUUAUCACCACGGAAAAUUGACCAUAUUGCUCGUUUUGUGGAACUUCCUGACAUAAGUUCAUCUGGAGAAGUCCCUUCUAUUCUUCUUGUUAAUCUACAGAUACCGCUGUAUCCUGCAACAAUCUUCCAAAAUGAAUACGACGGAGAAGGAAUGAGUUUUGUUUUCUACUUCAAGCUGUCUGAAAAUUAUUCAAAAGAACUUCCACUUCAUUUCCAAGACAAUAUCAGGAGGUUAAUUAAUGAUGAAGUAGAGAGGGUGAGAGGUUUUCCUGUAGAUUCAAAUGCACCCUUCAGGGAAAGAUUGAAGAUCUUGGGUCGAGUGACAAACCUGGAGGAUCUUCAUUUAAGUGCACCCGAGAGGAAGCUUAUGAAUGCUUACAAUGAAAAGCCCGUUCUCUCACGUCCUCAACAUGAAUUUUACUUGGGAGAAAACUACUUCGAGAUUGAUUUGGAUAUGCACAGGUUCAGCUAUAUCCCUAGAAAGGGUUUUGAAGCAUUUCAAGACAGAUUGAAGCACUGCAUCUUGGAUUUUGGCCUGACAAUACAGGGAAACAAGGCAGAGGACUUGCCGGAGCAUUUGUUAUGUUGUUUAAGGUUGAAGGAAAUCGACUUUAAUAAUUACAACCAACUGGAAUUUUAAGUCUGGACAGCUCUGUAUACCCAUCAAAACCGGAAGGUAUUUAGCAGACGAGAAAUAAUGAAGAGACGUUCUUUUAAUUUAAUUGUUGGCGUUCAUUGCACCUGUUUUUAUAGGUCUUUAAACGCCGUCAUGUAAUCUCUGAAUUUCACUAUGAGCAUCUGUAUUCAAUUUACAUAGAUGCUUACAUGAGUGUACAGUUUUAAACCUUUGAGGAAAUAAAACAUUUAAUAAAAACAAUAAUUUCUUGAAUA